AGCAUAAGUUUAUUGGACCUGAGAGAAGGACGUGAUUUUAUUGAUUAAAUGAAUUUUGAUAAAUGAACAACAAUAAUCUCUUUCACUUUUUGCUCUUCUUUUUGCUUCAAAUGAAAAGAUAUUCUACAUCAUCCAACUCAGAGAGGCCUUCAAAAGGCGCAAAGUUUGGUAUAGGUACAGUAGCAGCAACUCAAGAAGCGAAUUAUUCCAGCACAGUAGAUCAAGAAGGCGCUUCUUCUUUCUCAAGUAAACCAGGGCUUUCGAAAAAAGCACAACAAAAGAUUGAUAAGCAAAAUGCACUUUUAAAAUUCAAAACAGAGCAAAAGGCUCUAAAGGAAGUCAAGUGCCCCUCAUGUGGGUUAACAACACACGCGCAAUCAAUGAGUAACUUGUGCCCAAACAAGAAAGCAAAAGUACCUGUUUGCAGCCCUGAUGAAAGGGUUGAAAACUUUGUCAUCAAGACAUCCUUACCUAAUGUUUGUAACAAUCAACAACCUGUUCAGCAUAUCAAUGAUCUAGCAGAUUAUACCACCAAAAUUUUGUUUGUGGGAUUCCUUUUUGCCAAUUUCAUCUUCAUCAAACUGCUCGACUAUGGCCAGGCUAUUCCAAUUAUUGAACAAAGUUUAUUCACAAAUACAUUUGCGGUAAUGGCUGGAAAUGGAAAGAGAGCACCAAACUAUCUCAAAGAAUACUUCACUCUUUUCUGUGAAUUGACAACUGUAGACUGCGACUCUUUAAAAAGUAUAAGCUAUUCAAGUAUUCUUUCCAUCGCUGGUAAGCAAUACGAAGUCCUGGUUAGAAACCACAUUCACGAGACACACGAACGAAGAUCGAUAACGUACUUUCUGAAUAUGAUGUCUGACAACAAUUCAAGUAAUUGUUGUAAAGAGCUCCCAGUAGCUUCCAGAAAAGCCUUGGCAUGUUUCAUUUACAAACAAAAACAAGGUUCAGAGCCAUCUUGGCCGUCUCCUGUCCCAUGCAGUAACUACUAUAAAGAAAUCACUGAAAGCAUAGCAAGCAUGUGGUCUAAAUACCAACCAGAUCAAUGUGAUUCCGAUACGCUUUACUCAAAACCUCACCUGUUUUUCAAGUGGUUCUACUUUCUGUCGCAAGAAGUGCAAAAAAAAGUUUUUAUUAUGGAAAAUGUACCCUCAAAAGUUGCUUCCAAAGUGUAUGUGUAUUGUAAAUUCAGAGAGCUUCCAUUCACUGGUGUUUUGAGCAAAAAGAAUUUUAAUUCUUUAAGAGAAGAACACUGAAGCCAAUCAAUUCCUACAAGACGUUUGCCCCAGGAAAAAAACUAGCCAAGCUUACUCCUCAACAAGUAUCAGUAGUUCAAAAUUUUAUUGAUACAGUUAAAACAAGAAUAUAAGAUGUCACAUUCACUCCUGCUAAAUACACUGAUAAAAUAGGAUGUCGCUUUUUUUCCAUUGCGCCUAUAUAUUUCGUUCAGAUAAAAUCAAUCCAAAUUGAUGCUCAAGCUUUGUGGAGACUAGUGAAACAAUGUGGCAUACCAAAUUACCCGAAAGGAAAGAAAACCGA